AUGGCGGAAGUACCUGAACAGUAUAAAAGACUACUGGAAACUUUAGGACAAAUGGAAGUUGUACCGAAAGCCGAUAAUCCAGAUGAUCUGGUGCAAUGGAUGAAAGAAUAUGUAGAGUCAAAAGCUGAAACUACAGUAAAAACUGAAAAGGUAGAAACACAGCCAGGGAAUCAGAAGAAAUAUCAACACAUUGUCCAACCCCUGAGGUUCAGUUUAUUCUCUGGGAAUGAUAAGUCAAAAGGAUCAGACACAACAUUUGACUUAUGGCUAUACGAGGUGCAAUGUGUCAUGAGAGAUAAAGUGCAUUCAGAGGAAGACAUUGCACAGGCGGUCAGGAGAUCACUUCGAGGAGAAGCAGGCAGAGUGAUUAUGAAUUUAGGUCCUGAUGCAAAUUUGCAGAAAAUCAUUUCAAAACUAAACAGCGUCUAUGGAGAUAUUGAUGAACGGGAAAAUAUCUUAGGAGAAUUUUAUGGAACCAAGCAGGCACGAGAUGAAGAUGUAACAACUUGGAGUUGCAGAUUGGAGAAUAUCAUGCAAAGAGCAAUUAAAGUGGGAGCAGUCAAACUUGAGAUGGCAGAUGAGAUGCUGCAUGAUAUGCUAUAUAAGGGUUUGAAACCUGAGUUAAAGGCCAGUUGCCAUUACGAAAAGGAGAUACACAAGAGUUUUGAUGACUUACGAGUUGCUUUGAGAAAACUUGAAAAAGAGCUUAAGUUGGAUGAGGAGGAUAACAAGAAGGUUCAAGUGAAGCAAGCAGUUGCACAGAAAGCAGAUUCGGGUGAGAUUGAAGGAGUGUUGAAACAAAUAACUCAUCGACUUGAGAAUUUGGAAUAUCAGAACAGAGGAAGGAAACGAUACAGAGGAUCUGGAAAUAGGAACAGAGACAAAAACUAUUACAGGAAAGACAAAGAGGAUGAUAAAUCACAAGAACAGGUUAACGACCAGUAUCCAGACAUUGUUUGUAGGAGAUGUGGCCGUGAAGGACACAUAGAGCGAGGUUGUCGUGCAAACAGGGAUGUUCACGGUAAACCUUUGACUUUAAACUACAACAAGUCUAUGAAAAGAGGUCAUCCAUAG